AUCAAUAUGAGAAGCACACUGUGGAAUGCUACUGCUGAUUCAAGGAUGAAGACAAUGAUUCUGAAUCCCAGCAUAUGGAAGUUUUACGCAAGCAUAAAGUGGAUGAAAAAGCAAAGCAACACUUGAUCUGACCGUCUGAAGAUUCUCAGUGGUGAGUCUGGUACCCGAGGACAACAUCUUUGAAAGCUAUUUUCCUUGAAGCACUUCAUUAUUAAAUGUAGCAAAGGUUCUCUACAACAACUUCAGCAUUGAUCAAUAGCAAAUCAUUUUUGUAGGUGUGAUGAUUGAUUCAGGAUGUCAAGAAUAAAUACAGAAACCAAACAAACAGAACUAAAGAAUUAAAUCACAGACAUCAUUCCAGCACAUCACGGAGAUGAACCUCUGUUGGAGUGAGAUUAAGAAGAAAUCCCAAAAUAUUAGGGCUCGGCUGGAGGCACUCUCUGAUCACAGUGGCAAGCUGCAGCUGUCUUUGCAGGAGAUCAUUGACUGGCUGACCCUGAAAGAUGAGGAAUUGUCUGAGCAGCUUCCCUUCACAGGAGAUAUUGGUGCAGUGCAGCGGUACAAUGAGUUUCACUCGGCUUUCAUGGAGGAUGUGAAGACGAAGGGCCCCUUCAUACUGGCAACUUUGGAGUCAGCCCAAGCAUUCCUAUCCCAGCAUCCUCUCGAAGAGGCAGAAGAACCAGCACAAGACAAAGAUAUGUCACCAAAGCAGAAAAUCCAGAACGUGAGCCGGUUCAUUUGGAAGCAGGCUAAUGUAUCAAGUGAAAUGUGGGAGAAGCUGAGUACUCGCUGUAUUGACCGACACAGGCACAUUGAGAGAACGAUGGAGAGACUUCUGGAGCUCCGAGGUACGAUGGAUGAGCUUAAUCUUGCCCUAGAUCAAGCUGAGGCUGUUCGAGAUUCCUGGGAACCAGUGGGAGACCUCUUCAUUGAUUCACUACAGGAACAUAUUGAGACAACGAAGGUAUUUAAAGAAGAACUUGGAGCUGUAAAAGAUGGCAUGAAAAUUGCCAAUGACUUGGCUCACCAACUUGCAAUCUCAGAUGUACAUCUUUCCACAGAAAACACACAGCGUCUGGAGGAACUGACAUCAAGAUGGCAGGCUUUGCAAACUUCCAUAAAUGAACGCCUCAAGCAGCUUCAAGAUGCUCACCGUGACUUUGGCCCAGGGUCCCAGCAUUUUUUAUCGACUUCUGUCCAGGUUCCCUGGGAGAGGGCCAUCUCACCAAACAAAGUGCCAUAUUACAUCAAUCAUCAGGGCCAGACCACAUGCUGGGAUCACCCAAAGAUGACCGAAUUGUACCAGUCACUUGCUGCUCUGAAUAACAUCAAAUUUUCAGCCUACAGAACUGCCAUGAAACUGAGGCGUGUGCAGAAGGCACUCCGCUUGGACCUGUUGAGCAUGGCCAGUGCCUCCAAUAUCUUCACUCAGUACAAGCUACAGCAAAGUGACCAGACAAUCGAUGUUCUGGAAAUCAUCCAGUGCCUCACUGCCAUGUAUGAUCACCUUGAGCAGGAGCGUGGGAUCAUCAUUAACGUGCCUCUUUCUGUGGACAUGUGUCUUAACUGGCUCCUCAAUGUCUAUGACACUGGUCGCAAUGGCAAGAUUCGAGUUCUAUCCUUCAAGACUGGAAUUAUCACUUUGUGCAAUGCAGAGGUGGAGGAGAAAUAUCAGUACUUGUACAAGCAAGUGAGUGACUCAGCAAGCCUGUGUAAUCAGCGCCACCUCAGCCUUCUCCUACAUGAAGCCAUUCAGAUCCCACGCCAGCUUGGUGAGGUAGCAGCAUUUGGUGGAAGCAAUGUGGAACCCAGUGUCAGGAGCUGCUUUCGGUUUGUUAAUGAUAAACCAGUAAUUCAAGCCACCCACUUCCUGGAGUGGAUGAAAUUGGAGCCCCAGUCGAUGGUUUGGUUGCCGGUCCUACAUCGUUUAAUAACUUCAGAAGCUGCAAAACACCAAGCCAAAUGUCACAUCUGCAAGCAAUGCCCAAUUAAAGGCUUUAGAUACCGCAGUUUGAAGCAGUUUAAUGUUGACAUCUGCCAAACAUGUUUCUUGACAGGAAGGGCAAACAAGGGUCACAAACUACAUUACCCCAUCAUGGAAUACUGUGCCCCAACUACGUCAGGAGAAAAUGUGCGGGAUUUUGCCAAGACAUUGAAAAACAAGUUCAGAACCAAGCAGUAUUUCAGCAAGCAUCCGCAAAGGGGCUACCUACCUGUCCAGUCAGUGAUGGAGGGUGACAGCAUUGACACGCCUGCCUCAUCCCCAAUGUUACCACAUGCAGAUACACAUUCCAGAAUUGAACACUAUGCUAGCAGGCUCGCAGAAAUGGAAAGUAAGAAUUGUUCUUUCUUCAGUGGCAGCCUCUCACCUGAUGAAAGCGUAGAUGAUGAGCAGUUGGUGAUUCAAUAUUUCAGCCCAGGAACAGAUCGAGACUCUCUUCAAAAUCCAACCCACAAUCCAAACCAGCUCUUGAGCGCACUGGACACCGAAGAGAAGACCGAACUGGAGGCCAUUAUUGGACAUCUUGAGCAUGAGAAUCGGAUCUUGCAGGAAGAGUACAGACGAUUGAAAUGGCAACAUGAAGAGGCAGCAAUAUCUUCGUCUGGAAAAGAGGAAUCCCCAAGCUCGCCUCUCAGCCCCAGAGACACAGAGCUUCUUGCUGAGGCGCGAUUGCUCCGACAGCACAAGACUCGGCUGGAGACCAGGAUGCAGAUCUUGGAAGACCAUAACAAACAGCUUGAAUCACAACUCAAGAGACUCCGGGAGUUAUUACUACAGCCACAGCAAGACUCUGAGAAAAACGGAUCAACAGCCUCUUCUGCUUCCUCAUCUUCCCAUCACUCUGACAGCAACCAGCAAGAAAAACAUGACAGAAGCAGCCCGGAAUCUGAGAAAGCAGAUGUGUCAGAGAGUGCUGGUAUAUCCCAAGAUAUGGUGCUGCACAUAGAGGAUGUAAUGGAACAACUUAGAAACUCAUUUCCUUCUUCCCCCAGAGGUGAACCUUCGGAUAACUAUGGAAAGGCACAUGAGUGAUGGAAGACAUCUGAAUUAGUCCCCUUGCUGGAACCAGCUCACCUCCAUUGAUGGUCAGGCUUGGAAGCAUAACCCCCUUACAGCAUUAGAUUCUGUGGGUGCAUAAAGGAAAUACAGAGAACUUGGAUUCAAUGGGACCUCAGUUAUUCAGUGAACCCAUAUCUUUGGGAUUCCGCUGGUCAACAGUUAGUUAACCAUUGCAACAAGUGCAUCCAAAUCUGAAGUAACCAAAGCAGAGAAACUUGUUUCUUUUAAUUAGCUGAGUCUCCAAAAAGCUACUUACAGUUUGAAUAUAAAUGUGCUUUCUUGGUAAAUAUUGCUGUUCAGAUAUUGUUUCACUAAAUAAAAGUAAGAAAUUGUUGAGCUUAAAAUACACUGGAGAAAUUUAUGGGGCAAGAGGAUAGGAGUUGUGAACAUGGGUAAUUGAGAUCCUUACAUCUGCAAGAAGUGGUGGGAAUACAGCCCCAGAACUUUGGGUGUAGACAGAUAAGGUUGCAUUUUGUUUGAAGACUGAACAAGCUCACUCUGGAAAGGCAAAGACUGCCACAAGUGCCAUGCAUAAAGUUGCACCUUGCUGGUGGUGGGGGAUGAUCUUUCUUAAAUGUCCUGUUUGCAGAAUUGGCAUAUGCUUUAGAGCUUCAGAAACCAUAUGAUGUCAUGCUUAUGAACGUCUGCCUGUGUCACCAUUUGUAUCAAUAGUUAUAAUUUCCAACUUGACAUAAUAAGGGUUGAGGAUUUCCAAGUCUCUUUGAAUAGUACUGUUGAUUUGGAGCUUGGGUACCCCACUGGUCUCUUGGCAUUAGCUACCUCCCUGUAUCGUAUAUCCUGGGGAUGUGACCAAACCAGUGAAACUUUCUUUGCUUGAUUAGUUCUAGGAUGCAUGACGUGUUUGCCCCAGAACGGGUUGCUUCAUUGGUGACUGUGUGAUGUCAAGAAAGUGUUAUACAGAACAAAGUUGGAAGUUAUUGAGUCUUUGUUACUUGGUGAGUCAAAGUUAUCCAGGUUUUGCUAACAUACAACAAUGAGCAGAGGAUACAGACCUUGUACAUAUUUAUCUUGGUUCUGGAGUCAAUUUGUUGUUUUCCCAUGCCUGUUUUGUUUCUUGGCAAAGUUGGUGGUUGCCUUGUCAAUGCGUGUGUUAAACUCAUUAAAAGACAGGCUGUCUCUCACAGUAGUUCAAAGGUAAUAGAAUUUGUUUACUUCUUGCAUUAGUAUAUUGUUGAGUCUGAUGUGAGUGAUAAGUAUGGCUGUUGAUAUGGGCAAAUUAGAUGCCAUUGUCCAGAGAUUGUGAUUUACAAUUUGCUGUGCGAACAACAAAUUAUCAUAGUUUCCAUAUUGGAGUUUGAGAUUGGUGUUUCCUAGUGUUUAUGGAACUAGAAAAACUUUCUAAUUUGCUAUGUACAGUUUGGGAUUUGAUCAAAAAAUGUCAUAGUUUUAUAGAGGUGGUACAGGGCUUAAAGAUGUGCAUAGCAGUAGGAGUCCAAUAUCUGCUGCAUGAUAUUUGCUGUGUGGAACCCUUUGUAAGUUUGUGAACAUGUGAAUGAUUGAUGUAGAUUCU